AUGGCGUUAGCACAUAUCUUUAGUGCCUCAUACGGAAUACCGUCUACACCAGGGGACUUGCGGUCUGACGCGUCUUGCAGCAAUCUCGCGACUUCUUCCUCCGUCACCUGCUGGUCGGAAUGGUAUUGUUUUCAGGUAGGGACGAGGAGUGGUAACGGGAAGUCGCGUCCAUUCGUCGACGUGUUGCUAUUGUUGAGAGUAGCCUGUGUACAUGUAAGCAUGUGA